UUUAUACACUUUUGGCAAGGCUGGGGCUUUGCACUCAUCAUCAUCAUCAUAUCAUUUCUUGACAAAUCAACACACACUUCGAGAGAAUCAUAAAACAUCUCUAAAACAUGAUUUGCGUGUCCAAUGGCGGGAAGGAAUCUAGAAAGGAUUAUUGGUCAGAUCAAGGGGUUGAUGCACUUUAAAAUUUUUGGUUAAGUCACAAGGGUGGUGCAAGGGAGUACCUGCAGAACUGCAGGACUUUUUUGUUAGAUUUUGGUCACCACUCCUAUAUCUGGAAUCACAGACAAUUCCACCUCCGGCUUAUCUUAGGUAAACAUCACCUGCAGUUUUCCAAGUACUGUUUGCACAUAGCUUUUUGGAAUUUUCUGGCUUUAGGACUGCAGUAGUUCAGAGGUUAAAUUCCAGAAUAAAAUGAGGUCCCUGGUAAACUAAUGGUCAGGUCUUUCAGUGCCUCCUUCCGUUCUCUUCAAGAUUUUGUGUGUGUGUUCUCCAGUGCCAGUGCUGGGGCUUGAACUCAGGGCCUAGAUACUGUCCCCUAGAUUUCUUGAGCUACUGCUCUACCCCGUAAGCCACAGCUCCACUUUUGGCUUUUUGCUGUUUAACUGGGGAUAAAGAGCUUUACCAACUUCUGCACGGGCUGACUUCAAACCAUGAAUCCUCAGAAAUCAGCCUUCUCAUUAGCUAGGAUUACAGGUGUAAGCCACCCACACCUGGCUAGUCAAAAUUCAUUUUACAGUAAAGAAAAAUAUACAUCUAUAACUAUAAUCAAAAUAGGGAUAUAUAAAUAAGGAUAUAGACAUAUAGAUUCUAGAUGCAAAUGGGUAAGUACUAUGGUUCUUCUGUAUUUCUAGGUUCUUAAAGUAAUCAUGUUUACCUGGUGUAGGAGGGCUGGCAGGGGCGGGGCAGGAGGAAUGGGGAGUUAAUGUUUAAUGGGAAGAGGAAGUUCUGGAGGUGGAAGCUAUGUGGAUUACAGACAAUGUAAGUUAAGUGGAUAUUACCUGAUUGAACUUAAAGCAGGUUAAAAUGGAAGCAUGUUAUGCGUAUUUUCCCACAAUUGAAAAUACUGUACGUCCAUCGGAGCUUCGGCCUACUCCAUCUAGCCCCUGGGAGCUCCAGUUCUUGCAAGUUUUGGCCUUGGCGGUGCUGGGCUCCGAGCGUGCCCCGUGCCUGGCAGCCAUACUCUGGAGUAUGUCAACUCUUGAAGCAUGGAGAGCUCCUAGCAAACACCCUAAAUCCCAGCCCACAUGCACCACCAGCAAAGCCCGGGCCACCAGGAAGAGCCAGCUGGAUGUCCCCUAUGGAGAUGGGGAAGGGGAGAAAGUAGACAUUUACUUUCCUGAUGUGGUAUCUGAAGCUUUGCCUUUCUUCGUAUUUUUUCAUGGAGGAUACUGGCAGAGUGGAAGUAAAGACCAGUCUGCCUUCAUGGUCAACCCACUGACAGCACAUGGGGUGGCCGUGGUCAUCGUGGCUUAUGACAUUGCCCCCAAAGGCACCAUAGACAAGAUGGUGGACCAGGUGGCCCGCAGCAUCGCCUUCGUGCAGAAGAGGUUUCCAGAGAACAAAGGCAUUUUCCUGUGUGGACACUCAGCCGGGGCUCAGCUGGCUGCCAUGAUGCUCUUGGUUAACUGGUCCACGCAUGGAGUCACACCCAGUCUCAAAGGGUUUUUCCUGAUGAGUGGAAUCUAUGAUCUGGAACCUCUCCUGUCCACCUCCCAGAAUGCCCCUCUCCACAUGACACCGGAGGAUGCUCGGAGGAACAGCCCACAGCAGCACCUGGAGGUGGCCCCGGUGAAGCCUGGGAAUUCUACCUGCCCUGUGCUGGUGAUUGUGGGUCAGCACGACUCCCCAGAAUUCCACCGGCAGUCCUGGGAGUUCUAUGAGACACUGUGCCAAACAGGGUGGAAAGCCUCAUUUGAAGAACUGCCCAGCGUGGAUCACUUCGAAAUCAUUUGGAAUCUGACCCGGGAGGAGGACAGACUCAACCAGAUCAUUCUGAAAACCAUCUUCAGUAGGGCUGCAAGCCCUCUGCUUCCCAGAAAGCCUUUGGAGGUAAAGGCACAGCACUGACCUGCGCACCUGGCUCUGAGGUUCUGCUCCCUGCUGUGAAUGUGGCUAAUGUUCUUCCAAGUUCCCCUGGCCCCAGCCUUGAAGAAGCUUCAGGCAAUAUCCACAGUUCAAUCUGAGAUGCCUGAAGCCACCACUUGGCCAUGUCUGGCCCUUCUGCCUACUGACAGGGUGUGUGUGACAAAAUGACUUCUCUCUGGAGUGACUUGUGGAAGCUAUGAAUACCAAAAACGGAGCUGCUGGGGCCAGGAAGAGGAUGAGUGUUUGCUCAGCAUAUGUGAGGCCAAGUUCCAUCCCCAGCACUUGGGAAAAAAGUGAAUAAGGAGUCUUAAACUAGGAACUGGUUGUUGAUGCCUUGAUCCUAGCUAGUGAGGAGUCUGAGAUUUGAGGAUCAUGGUUUGAAACCAGCCUAGAGAGGAAAG